ACUAAUUACCAGCUUGUUUACUUCGUUAUGUGUGACGUGUGGUACCUACUUCUUGUACAUAUAAUAUUUACACUUAUUGUUUGUUCAAUUUGUGUGUCAUUAGACAACGGUGGAUGGGCUACUGAUGAAUCAUCAAUACUAGCUUUUGAAGGACCUUGUAAUAUAGAUAUAAGAGAUGCAAGUCAAUUAUCACAAGAAGAAUUUAUUAAAAGAUAUGCUCACCAAAGUCCUGUAGUUAUAAAAGGUGCCACAGAUAACAGAAAAUUUCACCAAAUUUGUAGUAAGGAUGAAUUGAUACGAAAUCAUGGGACUAAAAAGAUAAGACUAAGCUCAGCUAACACAUACUCAUAUGAAAAAAGAGAUGUAUCAUUAAAGUAUUAUAUAGAAAAUGUUAUGAAACCUCAGACCUUAACCAUGCUUGGAAAUGAAACAUUUUACUGGUUUGGUGACAAUAAUUAUACAGAAUGGGAAGAUGUUUUUAACAGAUAUAAACCACCACCUUAUAAGUUACCAUUUAUGACGGGGGCUUACAGCUUUGGUGUUGCAGAUGCAGGAACUGGUGUACCAUUUCAUUUUCAUGGUCCAGGUUUUGGUGAAGUUAUUUAUGGAAGAAAGCGUUGGUUUUUAUAUCCACCAGAGAAAACUCCAUCUUUUCAUCCCAACAGAACUACCCUGCAAUGGUUGUUUGAAGAUUAUCCUAAUCUUCAUCCUGAUGAUAAACCAAGAGAAUGCACAAUAAAUCAAGGAGAGAUAAUAUAUUUUCCUGACAGAUGGUGGCAUGCAACGCUCAAUAUAGAUGCCAGUGUUUUUAUUUCAACGUUCUUAGGAUGAAGAAACAAACAAAGACUAUAAACAAACUUAUUUUCUAUUCUAUGAGUUAUUAUAAUACCUUCUUUAUUGACGAGGAUUGUCAGUUUUUAGAAGGUUGGAUGUUCUCUUCUGCAUUCUAGCUUCCUUGACCACAAUUGACAGCCAGGAUAUAGCCAAUAGAGAUAAAAUGGUGUUUUAUUCAUAAUUCGAAACAGUUGUCAUUAUCAUCUUAUGAUACUUUAAUAUUUUUAUGAGUUCUCCAUCGCUAGUUCUCUCCUGCAUCCCAGCUUCCUUCACCAUGAUUGACAGCCAGGAUAUAGCCAAUACUAGUGCUAAAUUGAAUAGUUUUAUUCAUAAUUCAAACAAUUAUCAUUCUCAUCUUAUGAUACUUUGCUAUUUUUAUAAGUUCUUAAUUGGUCAUGUUGGUAGUAACUUUUAACUGCUGUCUUGCCAUCAGUCUUUUUAUCACCAUUUAUUAUGUAUUAAGAGAAAAUGAGAAAAAAAAAAGGGAGAACACGCAUGGGGACAUUCAAAGUUCAUAAGUUGAGAGAAAGUGGCCAACACCACAGCAUAAAACAAAAGACAACCAAAAGACAAAAAAUGUUACAAAAUACUUAAUGGAAAUCUAAGCCUUAAUUCAGACUGAAAACCAGAACUCCAUAAAACUAUUUGGUGAUGUCACCUGCAAGGGAAGGGAAAGCACUUGUCCAACUGGUUGAUGUGAUUUAAGAUCAAGUAAUUUAAUGUGGCAGUUUUUAUGUGGAAUAAAUUCUUAUAUAUUUUCACAAUUCUUUGAACUUGACUUUAUAGAAUUUCAAGACAUAUUUAUUUUUUUAGGAGUAACAAAAAAACAGUCAGAGCUCAGACAUAAAUAAGUCUGAAUCUGCUUUUGACUCAUAGAGGUCUACAUUUGUAAGUUUUAGGAUUUUUCUCCCUUUAAUGCAAGACAAAAUACGACUUUAAUAAGUCAAAUAUUGUUUAGCAAGAAAUAAUUCACCAGAAUCAAAAAGUUGCAAAUAUUGACUCCUACAAGUAGAUAAGUUUUCAAAAUUGGUUAACUAUAAGACUCAUGCAUAUUUAUAAAGAGGUCAUGCAUCUAAAUCAAAUAAUGACAACAUUGAAGGACAAUGCUUUGUCUUCUAAAGAAAAAUAUGAAUGAGAGUCUAAAAAAUCGGAGAUAAUGUUAAUUAACCUUAAAUUGCAACCACCUGGAACCACACUUAAUGGGGAAUCAUCUGUGUUUAGUAAGGAUGUUCAAUUAGAUAAUUAAAUAUAGAUAGCUCAAGUCCUUGUGAACUCUCAAACAGGUUUUUGCUGUCAUAGGUGGUGUACUUUGGACAUCAAGUAAAAUUAAGUUUUUUCAUCAACAUAAAUAGACCUAAACAAGUCUGUCAUUUUCUGACUUAGAUAAGUCUAAAAUUGAAAACACAUUUUAUAAUAAAUACACGUUUUGACUUCUUUAAGUCAAAAACAAAUCAACUUGUUUAUGUCUGAGCUCUGACUAAAGAUAGCAGCACUCUUGUCAUUCUUAAUUUGUAAGGUAUUCCACUACAAAUGCUUGUUUUUUUAUCUUUCUUAAGACUCUCAUCAUGAACAUAUAUUUUACUGUACAAUGCUGUAGUUUAUCCAAGAUAUUGACUUCAGAAUGGUGCAUUUAGUGCAAUAAAAAGAAAAAUUAAAAUUUUGAAUAUUGA